AUGAAAAGGAACUCAACGAUAUGGUCUGAGCAGCCAAUGGUAAUCAAAGCGUACCGCGUGCUAUCAACCGACACACCUACACUGGUUGUGGAGGUAGCUUCAGAUCCACCAGCAAUAUUUGAGUGGUUCUGUAACGACAAAUCAGUUCAACAAGAUAAACGACGCUUUCAAGCUCGUCACGGAUUGAAUAUUACCACAUUGACAGUUCACGAACCAGAGCAAGGCGUUUACAAAUGCACUGCUCGUAAUCCUGCUGGAGUCAGUACUAGUUAUGGAUAUAUUACGGUUAAUUGUGAGUAAUG